AUGGGAAGAGCCCAGGCGUUGGCAGGGAAUGAGCCCAGAGAGUUGGCAGAGCUGGGGCUGAGCAUGAAGAAGCAGCUGUGGAAUGGUGUUGCUUCUUGGAAGGAGAGUCCAGGGAGCCAGGUCCAUGGUGCGGCUGCACAACAAGAAGGGAACUCCCCUGCCUCGAGAACAAAGGGGAAGCAGGAAAGAAGAGAAGCAGUCCAGAACAUUUGUAGGGCACAGACAGGAGAUAAAGACAGCUUCAACUACUGUCAUGAUGAUCUGGCCAUGUCCAUGUUUUUGGCAGUAGGAGUUCAUUUUUUAGAAGCUGCUACCACAGAGGGCACUGAAACAGUUGUGAUUAACCUCAUGCAGUUGUUCGAAUUUCAUCUCGCGCCACCAGGAUCAUGGACUGUGGAAGCUGAAGCAAUUCCAGAUGUUGUAGAUGUGGAAGAGGGCACGGGCUUCUGUCCCUCAGAACCGAUGCUGUGCAGCGACGCCGUGGAGGGGCAGGUGCCACACUCGCUGGAGGCCCUGCAUCAGUCAGCUGACUGCUGGAACGCCAGCGAUGCCUUGAUCUUGUUGCUGCAUCUUCUCAUGUUGGAGUCAGGGUACAUACCUCAGGGGACCGAAGCCAAAGCCCUGUCCAUGCCGGAGCAGUGGAAGGCUAGUGGUGUGUACAGGCUGCAGUACACGCAUCCCCUCUGUGAGGGAGGCUCUGCUGCGCUCACCUGCCUGCCUCUGGGAAACCUCGUCGUCGUGAACGCUACUCUAAAAAUCAACAAUGAGAUUAGUGUGAAAAGAUUGCAGCUCCUGCCAGAAUCUUUUGUUGGCAUAGGAGAACCAGGGGAAAAUGCAGCCAAGAUAUACAGAGAUCUUCAGAAGCUCUCCUGCCUCUUCAAAGACCAGCUGGUGUAUCCUGUUCUGGCUUUUACUUGGCAAGCCCUGAACUUGCCAAAGACUAAUACUUCCCUACGUUGGAGAUCCCAUCAAUUCACUCAUCCCUGGGCCUGGGGAGACACCUGGCCAGUUCCCUCCACUCAGACCGCGAUUUGA